UCAGGCAAUAUAGCGGGAGGGAGGCUAUUAUUGGGUGGAAGUGGGCGCAAAGUUAAGGCAAACAUUUACCAUAUUCAUUAUUUUUGGCGGAGACAAAUGAAAUUACAGGCAAACGAUUCCGGAGGUGGUUUCCCCCUUAUAGCGAUUGCAGUUUAGAAAAUCGAAUUAUAUGCAAUUCAGUCGCCGUAGUAACCCCCCGGGAACACCCGCUUCCAAUAGAGGAACUUAUAUAGCCUCAUGCAUAGUUAUUUUAUGCGCCGUGGCAACGUGAAAGUUGCCGCAUAACUUUGCCUAUGCUUGUUGCCUGGAUGGGUGUAUUAUUUACGCUUAGAAAAUAGAGAGUAGAAAUUUUUCAACGCCAGUCGGAGGCGGAUCGUGUUUACCCAAAUAAAAUCCAUUGGAAUGCCAACAAAUCCUCGUCCCACUACAAAUGGCAAUACUCCAGAGGAUUGGCAAAUAUUUGAGGUUUUAUUCGGUGCUGAAAAUGAAACUAAAGUCAGUCCGGAAAGGAUGACCACAAUGUCACCUUUAAGGCAACCAAUUGCAUCUUACCAGCUGGAUACAUCUUGCGGAAAUGCGGGAAUUACCGUCACUGAACAUCAUCAUGGACUGGACUUGACCACCACCCUUCGCAGUGAAUUGGCUGCAUUGUCCUACAAAAAAGAGCGACUUACAGGGGAGCUCGCUGAAACCCGUACCGCUUUAUGCAGCAAGGAGGCGGAUAUCGAAAAUCUGAGAGCCCAGGCUGCUCGUCAGACUACUCUUAUCGGAUCCCUCCAAAGUCGCCUGCAAAAUGCUGAGAGCAGGGAGCAGUCCGUUCAGGCCAGAUGUGAUUCCACCAUUCAGACGGUUCAACGGGAGAAGAGAAGUUCUGACGAGCGGAACAAGGAACUUAUUUGCAAGAUACAACAUUUGGAAACUCAUGUGGCUAGCGAGGAGUCGCAAAAGGAACAGGCCAAGGCUCAACUCCAUGAUCUCUUGCGACGUCUCAGUAUCGGACUGGGAAUGGAUGUUUGCGAUGGCAAUCAGAAUUCCCAUGCUACACCCGAAUGCAUAAUUUCCCGGGCCGAGGAGGUGAUGGUAGAACUACAAAGGACCAAAGCCAAAGUCAGUUCCACCUGCGACACCCUGAGCUCCUGUGAAAAUGAGUUGCUAAAUAUGAAAUCACUAGCUAAUAUCGAGAAGCAGCGUCUUACUGCCCAACUCGAUGGAGCUGGAAAUCAUAAUCACGAACUUGAAGGGCGAUGUCGGCAGUAUGAAAGGGAUCUUCAAAUCCAAAGGGAUAGACUUACCGAAUCCGAAAUUAACGGAGAGAAACUUAAAGAAGAGCUGCGUGGCUUUGAGUCUCGUUGUCAUCGCUUGCAGAACAAUCUAGACCGGAUUCAGGGUGAUCGUCUGCAGUUUUUAAGGGGACUAAGUAAUCUAUUAAAUGUCCCAGAACCCUGCGAGACGCUUAUUAAGGACAAGCUGAGGGAGACUCUAGCGGAGAAUCAGGCCAUGCAUGCGCAAAUGCAUUCUCUGCGAGAUCAGUUGAGCUCGGAGCAUGAAAAACUAAAGGAGACCCAACAGACCACCGAAUGUCGCCUGCGUUCCGGAGAGGCGCAGAAAUGUGAACUAACUGAGCGUUUAGAGAAGUGUCAUGCAGAGAUCCAUACCCUACGCAAGGAUCACAUGGGAUUGUCGGAAUUUUUACAGCGCCUGGCCAAUGCGAUGAACUGGAGUGAGUGCUCUGCACCUCCUGCCCUUGGUACCGAUACCAAUCUGAUGGCAGAGAAUUUGUUGGAAAGAGCCGAGAGACUCACCGCUCAUUGCGAGCACGAGGUGUCCCAUCAUCAUCAUCAUCACAGCCCGGAAAAAGGAUGCUGCGAUCACGGGCAUGGUCAUGGCAAACUUCGCAGAGAGAGAUCCUGUCAUGACAUUCCCUUGAAGGAAAGUAGCAGUGUGUACAACCUACAGAGAAGAGUUCGUGUACUCAGAGAGCAAGUACAGCGCAGAGAUCUCCAUUUGGAACUACUGCGUCGAAAAUUGGCCAUUAUAGAAGAUGGAGCGAGGGGAAAGUGCAUGUUGCAGGGCGAACGAGAUGAGGCUGUUUGUCGUGCCAAAAAGGCAGCCAAGCAGGUAGACAAGUUAAGUGCCCAGCUGGCCGAUGCUCGAUCUCAGAUAGCAGAGGUCAAAGCUCAGCUAGCCGAGGCCGUGGAAUAUAAGAUCACCUCUCUGGAACGGGCCAGAAAGAUUGAUGAGUUGACUACUCAGAUAUGUGAUCUAGAAGACGAAAAGACCCGGCUACUCUCCCAACUUAAUGCCCUAAAGGAGCGCCUAAAAUCUUCCUGUGAGUCCAAUCAGAAUCGAAGGUGUCGCGAUGAGGCGCUUAUUAACUCCAUGCGCGAUGAUGUGAAUCGUUUGAGUUCACAGCUGUCAGAUGCCAAUCAGCGCCUAUCCCAUUUGCAAUCUUUCCGUACGUCGGUUGCCAGGACAUUGCACCUUAGAGAUCUUCCGGAGACUGAUUUACUGCAUCGACUUCAGGCUUUGUGCUCCGCCCAUCAGGAGUUUACAAUGCUCUCGAAACGCUAUGAGACAGCUUCACCAGUUGGAGAUCACCCAUGCCCUCGUUAUGACGAUCCCAUACCACCAUCUGCCCACUGUCGGCCACCAAGGGAGCUUAGUCCUCCGCCAACUUCCUUCCAUCAUAAGACAACACUCCAUUCUGGUAGCAGCCAUCACCCACCUUCUGACCAUCAUCAUAGCUCCAACAGUCACGUCCAUAAUCAUCACGGACAUGGUCAUGGUCAUGGAUCCCAUUCAAGACGUCAACGCAGUAAAAGUCGAGACAAACGUCUCCACGACGAGUGCUUUGACACGGAUGUUCAUCGAUUGCAUCACGGUUGCAAGGAGGAGCUGCUGGCCACUGGAUCCGAGGAUGACUACGACAUUAAGAGCAAAUAUUGUUAGAUUAUCAAACCUUUUCUAUAAAUUUAUAUUUUCCGGGUAACUACAAA